AUAUUUAAGAACUAAUUUUAAUAUCACAUAAAAUUAUUGUUAUAGUAUAUAUAAUGUGCAGACUAUGGCGGGCUGGACACCAGAGUAUCUAUAUUUGCAUCUAUAGUCCAUACCGUUUGCAGGUAAUUAUUCAAACUUAGGUGCAAAGCCAAUAAUGCGGAUAUUUACGUGCUUAUCGUAGGUAUUUUUUUUUAUGUGCCUAUUGAGUUUAGUUUCAAUUGUCAUCCCUAAACGAGAGUAUGAGACUAUAUUUUGUAUGUAUUUACCUUUUAUAGGGGUCAAGUUUAUCAUUUUUUUUUAGAGUGCCGAUAGGUGAACACACUUAGCAUGCAACACACCCUUAUACACCCCCAUGUGGCAUGAUAGUUUUAGUAUUUCUUCUUUUAAUGAAGGGUAGUUUUGUCAAAACCCAUAUAAACCUUGUCAAAUUAAAAAAAAACAAAAAAAAAAACAAAAAAAACUCAGCAACACGUUCUCUCCUCCACAGGCCACCGUCCCUCUCCUCCACAAUCACCAAACUCACAAACCUGCGACAACGCGGUGACGGUGCCGGAAUAGAAAAACCCAGAUCUGCAUCAACGACAGUGACAACCUUGGUUUUUUUUUUUUACAGAUCUUCGUUUUAAGAUCUACUAUGUGAGAGGUGGUCGGAGUAGAGAGGAGACACUAUCAGAUGAAGAUUUUAAAUUCGGAGGUGCUGAGGCGGAGGGCGGCCGCGAGAUGGGUGGAGAAGAAAGGGAGAAGAUAGUAGGUACUUUCCAUACACAUAAUGCACUCAGGAGGUUCUAUAAUCGCAUGCACCUCUGCAGCAGCAGCAGCAGGCAGACAUGAUAAGAAGAGACAUAAAUCCAGUGAGGGUCAAGAUAUGAUAAGCGACCUACCUGACUUUGUUAUCGGUCGCAUUCUUUCUUUUCUUCCUACUAAAUAUGCAGUUCGUACCGGUGCUUUAUCACAGAGGUGGAUAUACAAAUGGAUGUUUCUCACAGACCUAAGUUUUGAUUACAAUCAUCCUUCUUCAUCUUACCUAUGUGAGAAAAGAAAAACCCGCUUUAUCAACUUUGUAUAUAGGGUACUGCUUAAUCUCAACACUGCAACCAUCCAAACAUUUUCUCUGGAUAUUCUACAUAAUUUUGAUCCCUACCAUAUCAAUCAAUGGAUAUCUGUUGUUUCAAAUAAGAGAGUAAAAAUUAUUAGAGUUAAAUUAUGGAAAAAAUGUAACCUCUAUACUUAUCCGCUUUUCAAAUGCCAGUCCUUGGAGGAAUUGAAGCUACAAAUGUUGGGCCGAUGUAUUCUCAAAUUUCCCAACUUAAUUUGUUUAUCUUUCAUCCCUCGUAGACUUGCACUUGCUUGGAAUCACAUUUACUUGUUAGUCUUCUAAUGAAUCAAAAGAGUUAACUCUUAAUUUCCCAAUUCUUAAGAGAGUAUUACGCAGCCGAUUGCACUUGGACUGGUGUAAAGAGUGUCACUUUGGAAGCGCCUUUACUUGAAGUGGUUUCCCUAGCAUAUCCUUUUUAUUCGCCGCCUGGUCAUUAUGAGUCGCAUGCUGAAAUUAAGCUUUGUGCUUCACAUCUUAGGAAAUUCAGUUAUCGUGGUAAUAUAUCAUCAGAUACCUUUGUGCUAGAUGCAGCAGACAUUGGUUCUGCUAAUAUUCUGAUGUUCAAUUUUGAGGAUAGGAAUGUGCAAGAAACAUGGAUUUUUAUUUGCAAACUUCUUACAGUUAAUGCAAAGUGUUUAAAUCUUUGUCUGCAUGCUGACUGGCAGUAUCUUGUACGAACGGAACAUUAUUUAGCGGAUAUUCCUGCAUUUGGAAUGUUGAGUGAUCUGGAGCUAAACUCUGUUACUCGUGAAAUUUUGUUGGGCUUACUUUUAAAAUCACCAAGUCUGGUGACUUUAGUUUUCCAGAUGCUAGAUUUUGAUGAAGAACCGCAGAAUUUUUCAGUUGUACCUGGCUGUUUCUUAUCAACCCUUAAAGUGGUAAAUUUUGAAAAAUUUGCUGGUAAGGAGCGUGAGUUAUGUUUCGCCAAAUUUGUGAUGGAAAAUGCUGGAGUAUUGGAGAGGAUCAGUUUCUCUUGUUCUUGUGAGCUGCACGGCUUGGAAAUGGAAAAAGUUAAAAGAAAAAUUAGUUUGUUAAGAGAAGUUCUGGCACGGUGAUUGUAGAAUACAAAUAUCCGCCCGAGGAGUUUGCAUUCUAAGAGGUUACAAAAGCUCCUUAAAUAUGUAGGAAUAUAAUACACUGUUCAUAUUUAUAACUUGCAUAACGUUGUUGUGUUCAAGUACUAUAUUACAUUUUAUCCAAUUUUUUGGGAGCUGCUGAGGCUUAUUUCGUUUA